ACAAAAAUAAAAUUGGAGUCGAAAAGAAAAUUGCAAGACAUGAAGUUUACAACAUUGGUAAUGCUCGUACUGGUGAUAGUAAUCCAACUGUCUCCAACGUUGAUCAGAGCCACCACAAUAGCUGAAGGUGCGAAUCCGAUCGAAGAGAAACUACAAUGCAUUGUGAUGAAUGUUAUUAUACCAUGUUUACUACCGUUGACCAAUCCUUUAAUCCAACCAGUCGCACAUUGCUGUCAAGUAAUGGUAGAAUACAAACCGUGUUUAUGUCAAUUCAUAAAAGGCGAAUGGUCACAAGUUCUUUUUAAUUCUCCAAAUGCUCGCAAAACCUACAAAGCUUGUCAUAUCCCUUUUCCUAUUUGUUGAAAACCUUAUUACAUCUAUAAAAUAAUUAAUAUGUAAUG